AUGGAUGAUAUCUCAAAAGAUGGUGGUGAUAUAACUCUAUUAGUGAUGGUGUCCGAGGUAAACCUAGUUAAUUCUAACCCUAGAGAGUGGUUGAUUGACACUGGUUCUACUUGGCAUAUAUGCUCAGACAAGAUUCUGUUCAAAUCUUUUGAACAAUUGACCAAUGGAGAGAAACUAUUUAUGGGAAACUCUGCCACGUCUAAGAUUGAGGGUCAGGGAAAAGUGAUCCUGAAAAUGACCUUUGGGAAAGAGCUAACUCUAAACAAUGUGUUGUACAUAUCAGAUAUCCGUAAGAACCUUGUAUCUUGUUCAUUGCUGAACAAGCAUGGAUUUCAUAUGGUAUUAGAGUCAGACAAGGAUCAAGGACUAGAGUCUGAGGAUAAACUUAGACGUAGGAACAGAAUCAACACUGAAAAAUCUUUUGGUCUAGAUUUUCUGAUAUAUUUGCUAAAAGGUGAACCUCAAAGCUUUAAUGAAGUUGUUAGUUCUACUAAAGGCUCUUCAUGGAAAGAAUCCAUUAACAAUGAAAUUUAA